GAGGGAGGACGGUGGGCGCGGAGUCAGAGUGGCGCAGCAAGUAGCUGCAGGCGGCGGCGUGGGCGGCCGGGGUUGGGGGUGAGGUAGGCGGACAGGGCCCAAAGGGUCCAGGAGACACCCCGACUGCAACCCGGCCUGCUGGUCCUGGGGCCGGAGUCCCCGCCCUGGGACAUGGACCUCAACCGGAUCAUCCAGGCGCUGAAGGGCACCAUAGACCCGAAGCUGAGGAUUGCGGCCGAGACGGAGCUUAACCAGUCCUACAAGAUUAUUAAUUUUGCCCCCAGCUUGCUUCGGAUCAUAGUCUCCGACCAUGUGGAGUUCCCAGUGCGUCAGGCAGCUGCCAUCUACCUGAAGAACAUGGUGACACAGUACUGGCCAGACAGGGAGCCUCCACCAGGAGAAGCCAUAUUUCCAUUUAAUAUCCAUGAGAACGACCGGCAGCAAAUACGUGACAGCAUUGUGGAGGGGAUAAUCCGGUCUCCGGAUCUGGUGAGAGUCCAGCUAACAAUGUGUCUCCGAGUCAUCAUCAAACAUGACUUUCCUGGUCACUGGCCUGCCGUGGUCGACAAGAUAGACUACUACUUGCAGUCACCAAACAGUGGGAGCUGGCUUGGCAGUUUGCUAUGUUUGUAUCAGCUGGUGAAGACCUAUGAAUAUAAGAAAGCAGAGGAAAGAGAGCCUCUCCUGGCAGCCAUGCAAAUAUUUCUGCCUCGAAUUCAGCAGCAAAUCCUGCAGUUACUUCCCGAUGCCUCCCAUUACUCUGUGUUGCUGCAGAAACAGAUUCUGAAAAUCUUCUACGCUCUCGUUCAGUACGCACUGCCUCUUCAGCUGGUCAAUCACCAGACCAUGACAACGUGGAUGGAGAUCUUUCGGACCAUCAUUGACAGGACGGUCCCUCCGGAGACUCUUCAAAUUGAUGAGGAUGACCGACCAGAGCUGGUGUGGUGGAAGUGUAAGAAAUGGGCUCUACACAUCGUGGCCCGUCUCUUUGAGCGGUAUGGAAGCCCGGGAAACGUCACGAAGGAAUACUUUGAAUUUUCUGAAUUUUUUUUGAAAACCUACGCAGUAGGAAUUCAGCAGGUACUACUAAAAAUUUUAGACCAGUACAGACAGAAAGAAUAUAUAGCCCCCCGUGUCCUUCAGCAAGCGUUCAACUAUCUCAACCAAGGUGUUGUCCACGCUGUAACCUGGAAGCAGAUGAAGCCACACAUACAGAACAUCUCCGAAGACGUGAUCUUCUCUGUGAUGUGUUACAAAGACGAGGAUGAGGAGCUGUGGCAAGAAGACCCGUAUGAAUACAUAAGGAUGAAGUUUGAUAUUUUUGAAGACUAUGCUUCUCCCACCACUGCAGCCCAAACCCUCUUGUACACAGCCGCGAAGAAAAGGAAAGAGGUGUUGCCAAAAAUGAUGGCAUUCUGUUAUCAGAUACUGACAGACCCGAACUUUGACCCUAGGAAGAAAGAUGGAGCCCUGCAUGUGAUUGGUUCCCUGGCUGAGAUUUUGUUGAAGAAGAGUUUAUUCAAGGACCAAAUUGAGCUGUUCCUACAGAAUCACGUGUUUCCAUUAUUAUUGUCUAACCUGGGAUAUCUUCGAGCUAGAUCCUGUUGGGUGCUGCACGCAUUUAGUUCCCUGAAGUUUCAUAAUGAGCUCAACCUCAGAAAUGCGGUUGAGUUAGCAAAGAAGAGCCUGAUUGAAGACGAGGAGAUGCCCGUCAAGGUGGAAGCUGCCCUGGCGCUGCAGUCACUGAUCUCUAACCAGACUCAAGCCAAGGAGCACAUGCGACCGCACGUGAGGCCCAUCAUGCAGGAGCUGCUGCACAUCGUCAGGGAGACGGAGAAUGACGAUGUCACCAAUGUCAUCCAGAAGAUGAUAUGUGAGUACAGUCAGGAGGUGGCCUCCAUCGCUGUCGACAUAACCCAGCACUUGGCUGAGAUAUUUGGUAAAGUUCUUCAAAGUGAUGAGUACGAAGAAGUCGAAGACAAAACUGUGAUGGCUAUGGGAAUUUUACAUACUAUCGACACUAUCUUAACAGUUGUGGAAGACCAUCAAGAGAUCACACAGCAGUUGGAGAACAUCUGCCUGAGAAUCAUCGAUCUUGUUUUACAGAAGCAUGUCAUUGAAUUCUAUGAGGAAAUCCUUUCCCUGGCCUACAGUUUAACCUGCCAUGCCAUCUCCCCUCAGAUGUGGCAUCUCCUGGGCAUUUUAUAUGAAGUUUUCCAGCAGGAUUGCUUCGAGUACUUCACAGACAUGAUGCCUCUCCUGCAUAAUUAUGUGACAGUAGACACCAACACGUUGCUGUCAAAUCCGAAGCACUUAGAAGUCUUGUUCACUAUGUGCAGGAAGGUACUGUGUGGAGAGGCGGGAGAGGACGCCGAGUGCCACGCUGCCAAACUCCUGGAAAUCAUCAUCCUUCAGUGCAAAGGAAGGGGAAUUGAUCAGUGUAUCCCGCUGUUUGUUCAACUUGUCUUGGAGAGGUUGACGCGUGGGGUCAAGACCAGUGAGCUGCGCACAAUGUGUCUUCAGGUGGCGAUCGCUGCUCUUUACUACAACCCUCAGCUGCUGCUCCACACCCUGGAGCAGGUCCAGCUGCCACACAACCCAGGACCUGUCACCUCGCAGUUCAUAAACCAGUGGAUGAACGACACUGAUUACUUCCUUGGACACCAUGACCGGAAGAUGUGUAUCAUAGGACUGAGCAUCCUCUUGGAACUGCAGAACCGACCCCCUGCUGUGGACGCCGUGGCUGCACAGAUCCUGCCUUCCAUUCUCUUCCUGUUCCUUGGCCUGAAGCAGGUCUGUGCUACACGGCAGCUGGUAAACCACGAAGAUCCCUCAAAAGUGGAGAAAGCCGACAUGGAGGAGAAUGAGGAGAUUUCCAGUGAGGAGGAGGAGCAGACAAGUGUGAGUGCUCAGGCUAUGCAGUCACACAAUGGCAGAGGCGGCGAGGAAGAAGAGGACGACUGGGAGGAAGAGGUGCUGGAGGAGACAGCCCUCGAGGGCUUCAGCACCCCACUGGACCUUGACAACAGUGUGGAUGAGUACCAGUUUUUUACACAAGCUCUACUGACUGUGCAGAAUCGGGAUGCCGCCUGGUAUCAGCUGCUGGUGGCACCUCUCAGUGAGGAUCAGAAGAGAAAGCUUCAGGAGGUGUACACAGUGGCAGAGCACCGAAGGACAAUGGCAGCAGGGAGGCUUCACAUUUGAGGACAAGGACGUCUUCUCUGCGUUUAACUUUGGCGUUGCGCCCAGCAACAGCUGAAAGGCGCGUCCACCGCUCACCGACCAUCAUCACCGUUGCUGCGUAUUUCACGGGAUGCGUGAGGGCCAAGAGGGAAACAAGGGGCUGUGUCGUCGGUGCCAGGCAGCUGUGGAUUCGCUCGCCCUUCCCUUGUUCCUUCUAACCUGGAAUAUGUAUUUUUCAACAGCUACUAUAAUGUACGAGAUUAAAGAAAAGCAGAGUCAUUGAUGGGAAAGGACAAAGCGUCUGCUCGGAAGGCUGAACGCGGAGGGGUUAGAGUUAGGCAUCGGCGCAUGCGUCUCAGGUUUUUGCCAUGCAGAAUCAGUGGAUUUAUGCGGAUAACAGUGCCUUCUGUUGUACAUGAAUUAUCAGAAAAAAACAUUUUUUUUGGAGUGCGUUGCAAUUUUUUUAAAUCAUAAAACGUAUUUCUAGAUACCCUGUAAACCUUGGUUAUAUGUCAUUUCAUUCUGCAUUUUACUCUGCACUGACUGACAGGCAGUUCGUGCAAGUCUCACUCUGGUUUCAGAAACGCCCCCCUGACCCCUAUCUUAGCCAGUGGCUUUGGUUUUCCGAAAGGCAUCCACGGCUUUCCUGAGAACUGUUGUAUAUUCCCUUUCCCAUCACUUUUUCCCUCUUGAACCGGGUGAUGUUUCUUUCAGGAUCACCCAUGUAUUGAUUACAUUGUAGCCUGCUAAGUUUAGGCUUUACCCAUUUCUUGGCAGCGGGCAGCAGAGGCCCGUUUGUCACUGUUAGUCACUGGUCUUAGCAGCUGAGCAAGACUGAAGUUCGUAGGAAUCGUGUUUAAUUAUGCUGCAGGGGUUGGGGGCAUCCAAAUACGAAGGCACAUUGAAGUUCUAAGCAGACAGCGAUUUCUGUGUGGGGACUUGGUCGGUCUGUAGUAGUAACUUACCAUUCCAGCCAUGUAGGACAGGACCCAAAGCAUUUUAUAAUUUUUUCUUUUCUCCUUCCAGCCCUCCCUCAGGCAGGCCUCAAAAGUUGCAGUCCUCUUGACUCAGUCUCUGACUGCCGUAAACACACCCAGCUGAUUUUUUAGCUUCUUUUUAAGUCAGGGUCUUGCUACCCAGUUCUUACUGGACUGGGACUCUCUUUGCAGCCUAGUCUGGCCUCAGACUUGUGGCAGUCCUCCUGCCUCAGCCUCCCAGGGUUCGGAGUUACUGCCACUACAGAUGAUCUCUGUUUAUUAAAAAAGACCCAACAGAUAUAGUAACCUGCUUUCUCACAGUCUGAAAUUCCUCCAGCCUGACUUAGAAUUGGUCUCUUGAUCUGCUGGGUGUAUAGGUGAAUGAUGCCAGUAUUGCAGAUGAAUUUUCCUGAACUGUUCAAAAGCAGAACGUGAACCACAGUGCGUUCAUUUAGCAAAAUGGAAAUAUGUCAUCAGGACUUGAGGUAUUUCUGCAUGUGAUACACAUUUUGUUUCUGUGAAAUACCUGCAGUUUAAAUUUCCAUCAGCAACUGGCAGAAUUUUCUAGGUGCUUCCUGAAUUACCAACCCUUACUCCUUGUAAAAAAAAAAAAUUAGGUUAUUUAAUUUUUUUCCCCCAGAAGUAUCUUGAGAAGCCAUAUGUUUUAAAGUGAAAUGACCCUGUAUUUUUCCAUCCCCCCCCCUUUUUUUCAGUGUACCAAAGCUGCAUGACCCUCAGCAGUUAGAAGAGAAAGAUUGCAUUGUGGGGGAUUUUAGAUCUUUGAAAUAGUUUGGUUUCUCUCAUAUCUCAUACGGUUUAAUUAUAACAUAGGUAAUAUGCCUUCACACUGGAUCUCGGGCGUGGGUUUUGGAGAUGUUACUUUGUGGUGAAUUGUCAUCUGCAGCAUUAAAGGGAAGACACAUUCCUGCACACCACCACACCUUGUUUUUGAAGCCAGAGUCACUGUAUGAUUUUAUUGCCAGAAGUGCUAACCGGAAUGUGAUCUGGUUACCUUGGAAAUGCAAGAACUUACAUGAAUGUACUGUAUAAUAAAAUGUGGGCUAAUUCCCAGGAAUUGAA